GACAAUAAAACUUAAAGAAGAACCCUGAGUGGGACCCGACGUGUUGUUGAUCCUACCUGCAGUAACGCUCGCUGAGGGCUGUCGCAUCUUUUCUACGCCGUGAACGGGAAGACUACUGCUACAACCCUACCAAGGAGUCAUUCGACGCACUGUGAAGUGCCCCGACCGUCGGACACCCUGCCCUCUUUACUAGCCAGUGUGCAGCUCCAUUGUGGAGCCCCAGCAAGUGGUGGGGGAGGCUGAGGCAGCCUGAAGCAGAGGGCACUGUGCUAGCAGGGCCAUGAGCACCACUGGGUACCAGCAGCAGCAGGGGGGUGUUCGGACACGCCGGGGCCCAGUCAAGGAGAGGGAUCCUGGGCAGGGUGUCGGCAUGGAGGCGGCCUGCUGGCUGGCCCCUGGAGCCCUGCGCAGGCUGAUUGAGCUGCCUACUCCCCCACUCGACCGCCAACAGCUGAAGAGACUGGAGGAACACAGGUACAGCAGUGCAGGUCACUCCCUGCUGGAGCCUCUGAUGCAGUGCUACUGGGAGUGGCUGGUGGGCCAUGUGCCCACCUGGAUUGCCCCCAACCUCAUCACCAUCGUGGGCCUAGCCACCAACGUAUUCACCACCCUGGUGCUGGUCUACUACUGCCCCACUGCCACUGAACAGGCACCGCUGUGGGCAUACCUGCUGUGUGCGGUGGGCCUGUUUGUGUACCAAUCACUGGAUGCCAUUGAUGGGAAGCAAGCCAGACGAACUAAUAGCAGCUCUCCGCUGGGUGAACUGUUUGACCACGGCUGUGACUCCCUCUCCACAGUGUUUGUGGUCCUGGGCACCAGUAUAGCAGUGCAGCUGGGCACCAACCCUGACUGGAUGUUCUUCUGCUGUUUCGCUGGCAUGUUCAUGUUCUACUGUGCCCACUGGCAGACAUACGUCUCUGGCACCCUGCGCUUCGGCAUCAUUGACGUGACUGAGGUGCAAAUCUUCAUUAUAAUCAUAUAUUUGCUGGCCGCCGUGGGAGGAUCCGCUUUUUGGCAGUCACUGAUCCCAGUCAUAAACAUCCAGAUGAAAAUAGUUCCAGCCAUCUGCACUUUCUUAGGGGCUAUCUUUUCCUGUACUAAUUACUUCCGGGUUAUAUUUACCGGAGGUGUGGGCAAAAAUGGAUCCACAAUAGCAGGAACCAGUGUCCUAUCUCCUGUGUUACAUAUAGGCUCAGUAAUAAUACUGGCCAUGAUGAUCUAUAAGAAGUCCGCUAUCCAGCUCUUUGAGAAGCACCCCUGUGUUUAUAUCCUGGCCUUUGGCUUCGUGUCGGCCAAGAUCACCAACAAAUUAGUUGUAGCACAUAUGACAAAGAGUGAGAUGCAUCUACAUGAUAUAGCAUUCCUGGGGCCAGGCCUGCUGUUCCUGGACCAGUAUUUCAACAGUUUUAUUGAUGAAUACUUGGUGCUGUGGAUUGCACUGAUCCUGUCUUUCGUUGACUUGGUGCGUUACUGUGUCAGUGUUUGCAACCAGAUUGCCUCCCAUCUUCACAUCUUUGUCUUCAGAAUCAAGCCAUUGACCCCCUCCACCCUUCAGUGAGGACACGGAAGCCAUUACACUCUUUCUCCCCCCCACCUCUUUCUUCAUGUUAGAUUGCUAGUCGUCACUAUCUUUCUUUACCCUUUUUAAAUGUGUUGGGGUGGAUCUAUUACCGGUAGAGGUUCAGAGUGAAUGAGGGGAUAGAUGAAAUAUGAGGUGACAAGUUAUUUCCCAUCGCUGCUUUGUGCAAUUUGUGUUGAUUUCAUCUUGUUACAGUAGUCAGAUUCCUAGACAAAAAUAAUGAUUUGUCCCUUUUUUCUGCAGUGAAUGGUCACAUAGGAAAUGUACUGAGUGCUCUCCUCUGUGCCAGAGAGGGUAAAUUCGUGCAAGACUGCAAUGGGUUUGAAUAGGUGCUACCUUAUUCAUUUAAUAAUUGUGUUAUUGUACUUUAAAACAAACAUUUCGUGUUGAUGGUGUGUUUGUUCUCUACAAGAAAAUGUAGAGCAUAGGAAGUGAUUUACACAGGAUGUCUGUCUGCUUUCAGUUUUGUUUCGGAGGAGUGUUGUCUUUAUUAUAUAUAGAGGGAUCGUUUUGUAAUAUUUGCAUAACUUCACUUUUCAGUUUCAUAAAUAUCUAACUAUUAGUGUUGAUAUUUGUGCUGUUUUCUAUUUCAAAAUGUCUCACCUGGCAUAUCUAUCAAUCUUGCAUAAGUGGUAUUAUUAACCCUGCAAUAAUUAUGAUUGCAUUUAAAUUAUGAUUUCUUUAAAACAUUACAUAUGUAAACAUGUUAUUUUAGGGCGCCCCUGAUCAAUGGCUUACAACAAAUUAUUGUAAAUACACAAUAGUAUUGCACCUUUUGAAAAGAUGGGUGUCUUGAGCCUUGUUUCCCUCAAAUGGCUCAAGCAUUUCUCUAAAGCUACAAACAUUACACAACACUUAUAGCACCACAUGCAGGGUUGCUAGUGGUUGUCUUGGAAAUACUAUUCUGUAUAUUCUGUCUAAUACUGCUUUUAAAAAAGGAAAAUAGUUUAAUGUUUAACAAAUAAUGUAAAAAAAUUUGCAGCAGUUUUCUUGCUUUAGAAUUUUGUACCCGUUUGUAAUUUUCUUGGCCUGUUACAUUUCUGCCCUCUCAGAUACUGAAGCAUUGCAUUUUGAGUUUGAGUUUAUUUUUUACAAACACAGUGCACAUUAAUCAACGUUUCCGUAAAAGUGCCGGUUUUAGCCAGCCGGCUAAUUUUCAACCGCAGUCCCUGGGCAGGUUAUUAAAAACAAUUACAAUAAUUUUGCUCAAGGAAAACUAAAAUGCCAAGUGUUGAUGGCCCUUAAUGAAGAAAAGUAUUGUGAUAUUCUCCCAAAAAAGUAGUCAUUCUUAUCAUUUGAAGCUAAAUAUGUUGUCUGCGUUGUUUUUCUGCUAGCGUUUGUUCAAUGGUGUGCCUAAUACCACAGCUAAAUGACAAUUAGUAGCUUUAGUCCUACAGCCUGUUUCUAAAUGUUUUUUUUUUUAUUAGUCUACUUAUAAAAUACAUUUUAAUUAUUUAAUUAGGCAAGUCAGUUAAGAACAAAUUCUUAUUUACAAUGACAGCCUAGGAACAGUGGGUUAACUGCCUUGUUCAGGGGCAGAACGACAGAUUUUUACCUUGUCAGCUUGGGGAUCUAGCAACCUUUCGGUUACUGGCCCAACGCUCUAACUAGGCUACCUGCCACCCCAACACAAUGUGUUGAAAGGUGAUUUUGAAUGAUAAUGUGGGGCUAUCCAAAGCUUGUUUAUAUCUACAAUCUAAGGACAUGUUUACUUAAAAAAAUUAAUUUAUUUUAAAAUGACCUUCUAACACAAUAACUUUACACAAAUAACUUUCUUUAUGUAGCACGUUCUGCACUGUGCCAGGUCCACAUACAGCAAUUAAGUGUUUUGGAAGAUUUGGGGAGCUUUCGUGUGAAACAAAAAAAAAAUAUUCUGACUGUGCCCUAAUCAUAUUUGUCUGUACCAUGUUUUUGCAUCUACAUACCUGCAGUCUGCUUAUAAUUCAGUCAUCAGAAUCAAUAGAAACUGACUUUUAUUUCUGUGUGUAAUGUUGUUGGUAUGUAAGUUACUGAGCUCAUACAACAAUGUGUGUGUGUGUAUAGUUGCUGAUGUCAGAUCAGUGCUCUCAUUGUACUAGUCAUUCUCAGAUAAGUAAAAGGAUGCCUUAAACAGUUUGUUUAAUUUUCUGUUGUAUGAUAGUCAAGCCUCUUAACAUGCCCCUAAUUUGUUUCCUCUGUGUGUUUGUACUGUGUUUUUGCUCGUUACUGUUUUAUUUUGGCCAGACUGUCAAGCUCAGGUAUAUUAGUUUUCAGACAAGUAUGUUCAUAGGCUGUGACAAAAGAACAAGAUCACUCUACAAUCUCUCCCUCACUAAUGCAAAUAAAAUGUAAUAUUCACACA